AUUACUGCAGUUAAUGUAAAUUUUCGUUUAUUUUACAAGUAAUGAAAAAUGCGGAAGAGAAUGCGAAAGGUGAAUCAAAAUAUUAAUUGGAUUAGCGUCAGUUUUCACGGCGUAGAGAAUUCACAAUUUCACAAUUCAAAAUCAUUUUUAUUUAGUGAAAGAGUACAGCCAGGAGCCAAAAUAUGCAGUUUCAAAAAAUUGUAGUUAUUGGCGCGUGCAUCAUUGCCUGCUUAUCGUUUCUGUGGUUGCUGCUAUGUAAAUUGCUGGAGGAACGUGUGUCUAACACCUUAGAACCAGCGGAGGGUUAUGUGUUUGAUUAUGUUAUUGUUGGUGCUGGCACAGCGGGUUCAGUGGUAGCCUCUUUGCUUGCCAAAUACAGUAACUCAACAGUGUUGCUUGUGGAAGCAGGCGAUAAAUUUGGGUUCCUAAGUAAAAUUCCAUUAUUAACGACAUUGCAGCAAAAAGGCGUAAAUGAUUGGUCAUUUUUAUCAGUGCCACAGAAGCACUCAUCCAGAGGCUUGAAGGAACAGCGACAAUGUUUACCACGUGGACGCGGCUUGGGUGGUUCCUCCCAACUAAACUAUAUGUUACAUUUUGAUGGAUAUCCACAAGACUUUUAUUAUUGGUACAAAACACAUAAUUUAAGCACCUGGCGUUGGGAUUUUAUCAAGCCAUACUUAGAUGCUGUCAAUCCAAGUCCCAAUGAAAUGUAUGAAAUCAGACGUGACUACUCAAAACUUACGACAGCACUUCAUUUAGCUGAAGAGGAAUUGAUUCACAAACCCUGGCUGUUUCGACGUGCACGGUACAAUAUUAAAAAAGGUCUACGCUAUAAUGUGUUCCAACAUUUUCUGAAACCAGCAUUUAAAUAUAAAAACUUACACAUAAUCACAAAUGCCAUGGCAAAGAGAAUAGAGUUGAAAAAGGACAAGAAAUCGGUUAAAUCGUUGCUCAUUGGUGUCAAAGAUGAAUACACACGCAAGGAAAAAUUAUUCACUGUGGAUAUACGUGAAGAACUAAUACUCUCAGCUGGUGCAUAUCAGAGUCCGCAGCUACUUUUAGUAUCCGGCAUAGGUGAUUAUGAACAGCUAGAAAAAUUGAAUAUAAAAUUACAAAAACAACUGCCAAAGGUAGGCACAAACUUACACGAUCAUCUGAAUCAACCACUUUUUGUUUCCAUAGAAGUGAUAGGACCCACUUUAAAUCAGAAAGCCUUGUUAGAUCCAUACAGUUUAUUCAAUUACUUGAGCUCUGGAACUGGACAUUUAGGGAACUUUGGUGUUUUAGCGCAUGUCGAUGAUAUAUUCAGUGUACACAAUUUUGGUCUUACGUUUUUCGCAGCCGGUGCCAUUGAUGAAACUGCUUUAAUGUCCAUAUCAAAUUUUAAACGUGAACAUUUUCGUGCUUUAUUUCCCCGCUACCAUAAUAGUACACAGGAAGGUUUUGUAAUUAUAUCAACAUGUACAAAACCUAAAUCCCGUGGUAGCGUUACUAUAAGUAACAGCAAUAUACGUAAGAAUCCUUUAAUCAAUCCAAAUUAUUUAAGUAAGGAUAUUGAUGUGAACUGCACAAUAGAAGCUAUACGUGCUGCUGUGGAAAUCAUCACAUCGGAAGCAUUCGCUAAUUUACGUCCACGUAUACAUUGGCCAAAAAUAAAGAACUGUGCGAAAUAUGGUCCGUUCGAAUUGGAUUUUGUGUGGAACAAACCAAGUGACAGUUAUUUGGAAUGCAUUCUAAGACAUGUCGGAUUGGGGUCACAUCAUCCGGCUGGUACUUGCAGCAUGGGUUCCACAGCAAUGAAUAGCGUAGUUGAUGCAGAGUUUAGAGUACAUGGUUUAAAAAACUUACGUGUCAUAGAUGCUAGCGUAAUACCAAUACCAUUAUCGGGAAAUCCUAACUCUGUUGUAAGUGCUUUAGCAGUCAGGGGAGUAACUAUGAUUUUGAAAAUGCAAUUGAAUGAAAAUAUCAACAACAAUCCAUAGAGUGAUAUUUUGAAUAUAUAUUAUAACAAAUAAUUAAAUUAAAAAUGAUGUGCUUAUCUUUGGAUGGGUUAGGGUUAGAAGCAGGGAUUGAAAACGAUAUAUAUUUAUUUAUGUUUUGUUGGAACCUAACAAAACCAAAGCACUUUUUAUUUUUAGUUUUUUUAAAGCCUGGAUUGAAAAAAUAACUUUACAAACUGCGUAACGUAAAUUUUGUUAUGAGAAUAAAAUUACGUUUCGUAACAUUUGGAAUAUUGGUCUAGGUAUAAAGUUACAAGAAACUAAGUGAUCUGCAACCAAGUGAUCUAAUUUUGUGUGCAUUAGACUUUAAUGCGCUUGCCCAUAUAGCAUCAAAGAUUAAUGAUUAAGUAUAUCAGUUGACUAUCUUCAUGCCAGAUCUGAAAUGCUUAUUGUAAAAGAGGUUUUUCAACUACCGUCCAAGCGAUGUCUUUCUUCCUAUCAUGAUCACUUCGCCAUCAAUUGCAAUAGAUUUAACAUCAGUAAGGUCAAAUAUAAAUAUGAGCGCGCUUCACACAGAUACAGAGUCCUCUUGGAGAUCAGUGUUGGGUAGUAACAAAGUGUUUAACAGGCCUCCGUCUAUUAUCUCCAAGGAAAAGCGACGCAGUAUGUAUAGUGCUAUCCUAAUUUAGAUCAGGAUAUAGCCAUAUCGUCAAUAGUUUCUUCAAAUUGAAAGAUCUCAUCAACCUCUUUCUUUAUCAAACUUCCUUUAACAACCACAUCCCAUAUAAAAAACUUUUCCAAACUGAAAUGUUUGGAUUUCAUUAGUACUGUUAUCAAUCCCUGGUUAUCAGUGUUCUUUUAAGACAGUAAAAGAUUAAUAAAUUAAUAUUUGUAAUAUUUUAUUAUAUAAAAGUAGUCGUU